AUCCAAUCGUUGGUUAUUAGUGUAUCAAUUUUUUUUAUUUUUUCCUUAGAACAACAUGUAUUAAUUAAAAGCUUACUAACUCUUCCGUUAGCCCUAACCCAACUCCGUUGACAAGCCAUCCUAUUUUUUAUUUUCCGUCAAUCUCUAUUUUUCCCAGCCGUCGCCGUCGCCGUCAGAAUAAGGUAGGCAACUACAUCAUCCAAUUCUAAAUUUCUAAUGAACAUUUUAUUUAUCUUUAUAUCUCUGUGAAUUUACAGGCCAUUAAUAAAAAGUAUCAUAUGAUAUGAUAUGGCAGCAGCCAGAAAAGGAAUAGAAUGUUCAACCUGGAGAACAAGGUCCAAAUUAACAUCAGAACUCCAGCUUCAUAUAUGUGGAUCACUCUUCACACUAGACAAAGAACUUCUGGCAACCAAAUCAUCAAAGAUAGCAAAGCUAAUACAAAGAAACCCUAAUAAUGCAGACCUCUCCAACCUACUCCGCGAUAUUCCGGCCGAUCGAGAAUCUAUGGAAAUCGUCCGAAGAUUCUGCCACGGCAUCGGUGCAAACCUCACACCCGAAAACAUCGUACGUAUCUCGUGCGUCGCUAAAUACCUAGGGAUGACGGACGAUCACUGCCCCGAUAACCUACUCACUAAAGCCCUCACUUUCUUCGAGUGCCGUGUUAUCCCUAGUUGGAACAAUUCCGUAAGAGCCCUCAAGAAUGCGGAGAAUAUCCUCGAUCAUGCAUCGGAGCUCGGCCUUGUCGACUACUGCGCUAAGUCGAUCAUAUCGAAGGCCAUGGAAGAUCCUCGUUUGCUCGGAGAGUCAAUCAAGAUUAAUAUUCCGAUCUCCGAUGGAGAAGAUUCCAACGAAGAAAACGUUUAUAAACCGAACGCUAGAAGGAAGCUAUUCGAUAUUGAGUGGAAAUCCGAAGAUUUGAGUUUACUCGGAUUAAGAUUGUAUGCACCUUUAAUCAAUGCAAUGAUCCAGCGAAAAAUCCCGCAAGAGAACAUAGCAGCGAAUAUAUGCCAAUACGCGAAAACGUGGCUAUUUUCCGACGAGGAAAAAGUAGACGAAACUUCGCGGAGGGAGAUUCUAGAAGCUUUGGUGCAGCUUCUGCCUCACGAAAGAUAUAUGGUGACGUGCACGUUUCUUUUCAACAUGCUCCGUUACGCUAAAUUCCUCGACGCCAGCUCAGAUUGCAUAAACGGACUCGAGCUAAGAAUCGGUAAGCAACUAGACCAAGCCUCGGUCAAGGACAUGAUGCUAAUACUUUCACAAGGGUACGCGAAAGACGAGAAUUACGACACGGAGUGCGUUCGGAGAAUCUUGAAAAACUUCUAUAUGCACUACACGGGGCGGGACCCGACGGGGCUAGGGUUAGUGGCGGAGCUCAUAGACGAGUUCUUGAUCGAAAUAUCGGCCAAUAUAGACUUGAAGAUGGAGAUUUUCGUAGCGUUUGCCGACAUGUCGGUGGCGGCAUCGGAAGGAAUAUUGAGCCACCGGACGUCGGACGGAGUAUACCGUGCGGUGGAUAUAUAUUUGGACAAGCACAGGCAUUUGACGGAGUCGGAGAAGGAGGAGAUAUGUAGGGUUUUGAAUUGUAAUAGGUUGUCCGGUGGGGCGUGCGAGCACGCGGCGCAGAACGAGAGAUUGCCGGUUAGGUUUGUGGUGCAGGCUUUGUAUGUGGCGCAGUUGAAGCUUAGGGAGGCUAUUGUCCCGAGAAUAGUGGGUGGUGGUGGUAGUGAGAAUAGUAAUAGUGGUUUUGUGAAAAGGGAGGAGGAAGAAGAAGGGGAGAGAAUGGAGAUAGAGAGGAUGGAAAGUAAGGUGAAGGAGUUAGAGAGAGAGUGUAAUGUGAUGAGGAGAGAGAUAGAGAGAGGAGGAGGUUGUUGUAAUUGUGGUAGUGGAUUUAGUAAUUAUAAUAAUGUGGUGAAGAAAAACAAGAAUGGGAAAAUGAGCAUGUGGAAGGAGAUGAAGAGGAAAUUUGGGUGUGGAAUUAGUAUGUAUGAUGAUUGCCAUUGUCAUGUCAAGAAGAAGAAGAAGGUGCAUCCAAGAUGA